AUGAGUAAACGCUCAUCCUCGUCUGACGUCCCCCCAGCCAGCGCCUCCAACUCCCCCGGAAAAAGCAAAUCCAGCGACAACAGCUCCCAGACGUUAUCCACCAAGGUCAAGAAGCAGAAGGGCUCCUACAUGCUUGACGAAUGGGCCAAGUCUCCUGGCAAGGCGGACCCGUGGUCCUCGGUCAACCUCUCCACGGUCUCAUACAAAAGCCGUGGAUAG